UAUUUCAAAUCUCCCCCAACGUCUCUUUUUAAUCUCUCUCUCUCUCUCUCUCAGCUUCUUGAAUUGAGAGUCUCUCUCUUUCUUUCUGGACAAAAGCUUUAAAACUUCUCCUUUCUCCACAUUUUUUGGGUUUUCUUGUCUUUGUGCUUCUUGUUUGUAUUAACCCCAAUUAAUCUCAUCAACAGAUUCAAAAUUUAUUUCCUCUGUUUUAGUAUUUAUCUCAGUCACUCCUUCGUAUUCAAUUGCAAAAGAGAAACCGAGAAAGUAUUCAGCUUGUCUCUACAUUGUCUUGAUCUCCUUCAAGAUCAGAUGCUAGUGUAAUAAUCAGUUUAAGAGAGUCUCUCACUCGCACUUAGUGAUCAUACAACCUCUGGAGAUAGCGUCAACAGCUUUGCGUAAAUCAGAAUGCCAAAACCAAGUAUUAGAGGUUCAGAGUUGCCUCAGAGACAAUCUCCAAGGCUAAGGACAUCAUCACCGUCCAUUUCCUCUGAGCCGAAGCAUCUCAACCGUCCAAUUACAGACCGGAGUCCAAAGCUCGGUCUUGACCGUAGAUCUCCGAGGAGUGGUGGGCCUCACACUGAUCCUCUGACUCAGAAGAAGCUUGGGAGUCGCAUCUCUGGCUUGGAGUCACAGCUAGGUCAAGCCCAGGAGGAGUUGAGAUUGCUCAAACAGCAGUUGGCUAGAGCUGAGGCUGCCAAGAAAUGUGCUCAAGAAGAGCUUCAUCAUAAGAAGAUAUCCAAGAAACCAAACCCUUCUGUUCCGGAGAGAGACGAGAUUCCUGGUGAUGGACAUCAAGAUACUGAUGUUUUCGAGGUUCUUGUUGAGGAAGCAAAAGAAGGUGAGAAGGUGAAGAAGAGUGAUGAGUUGGCUUCAAAGGAAGACCAAAUCAAUGUACUGAAAGCUAGACUAUACGACUUGGAGAAAGAAAAGGUAUCACUUGGCGAGGAGAACGCAAGCUUGAAGGAUCAGUUGAAGAGGACGGGUUCAGAAAUGUCCACUGCUAAGGCGAAAGAGGAUGAGAUAGCUUCAAAGGUGAGUCGGAUUGAGGAAGAACUGGAAGAAAGUAACGAGACCACGGCAAAGCUAAAGAAGAAGCUUGAAUCCAUGGAAGACGCAAAAGAGAGUCUAGAAGCCGAGAUGAAGAAGCUGAAAGUACAAACCGAGCAGUGGAGGAAAGCAGCAGACGCUGCAGCUGCGGUUCUAUCUGGAGGGGUUGAGAUGAAUGGUCGGUUCUCAGAGCGGUGCGGGUCAAUGGAGACGCAUUUUGCAGGCAGGUUUGUAGGAUCACCGGGGAUGGCUGAUGAUUUGGAUGACGGGUUAGGGUUUGGGAAGAGGAAAGGUUCAGGGAUGAAGAUGUUCGGUGACCUGUGGAAAAAGAAAGGGCAAAAAUGAAGUGAUAGAACAAACACUAGCGUGGGAUUCAAGGAAGUGUGGGAUGUUAUGAUUGUGUCUACGAAAUGACGAGCUCAUCAUUUCGAAUUAUAUAAAUGAUUUCUAGUGAUGAACAUUUAGACAAUGAUUGUGCUGCUUUACCAAAAAGCUAAUUUAUCAGAAUUCUGAUUUAAUUGCCAAAUUCUGAUGGUUCGUCUGCA